CUGAUCGACGACGGCGACGAGCCGGUCUCCAUCGCGCUGUCCGAGACCAGAAUCCGCUUCGACAUCGGUGCGGCCCAGCUCACCUCGAAGCUCAUCGACGGCUCGUUCCCGGACUACGAGCGGGUCAUCCCGCGCGGUAACCAGAAUGUGUUGACCGUGGCGAACGGUGGCUUCGCCGAGGCCGUGGACCGGGUCUCCUCGAUCUCCACGGACCGCUCCCAUGCCAUCAAGCUCUCCAUCCGCUCGGGCGCGGUCACGCUGCAGGCCAACAGCCCCGACACGGGAACCGCGACCGAAGAGCUGGACGCCGACUAUGGCGCCGAGCCCCUCGAUAUCGGUCUCAACGCGCGCUAUAUUCUUGAUGUCGCAGGGCAAAUUGAAAGCGAGUCGAUCCGCUUCUUCUUCGGCGAUGCCGGCUCGCCGACGCUGGUGCGGGACACCGGCGAUUCCGGCGCGCUCCACGUCAUCAUGCCGCUCCGCGUCUAG